AACAACAUUAAUGGCUGACUAGAGGGCGAAACGCGUAAAUUUUGUUUUCAGAUUUUUCGCAAGCGUUUUAAUUUUUUAGCGAAUAUGACAGCGUCUCUUGUUGAACUGGUUCAGUCUGGAAAGAACCCCAUUGUUAAACCUGGGCCCGAUGUUCCCAAGUGCGACACCGCGAAUACAUGGGCUGAGAAACAUCUGCGCCGUACGAGGAAGACAGACGACAUGUCGGAGUAUCAGGCGGUAUAUAGAAGAUUUCCUUUCCAAAGUCCACGGAGCUGUAUAAGGCCCGUAUGUAACAAGAUGGAUUUCGGCAAAUCAUCCGUACCGAAGGCGACAACCUACAAAACUGAUUACGUUUAUCGCGAGGAUAAAAAUGCCAUCAAAGUGCAGAACUGCAAACCGAUACAAACCUACCGCUCAUGUUCCGUCAAACUCUCCGAUCAGACAAUCUAUAAUAUGUCCUAUCAAAACUUUUGUAAGGAGGCCGCCAAACUUUGUCACCCGGUCAAACCCAAGAAAGCUCCGCGUGUCGAAUUACAACAGACGCCAGGUGGAACUUGUGAUGCUGAGUCAGCCAAGGAGUCAUUGAAAGUGGGCGUUAUUUCUGCACCGGAAGUUGAACAAACGCCAUCUUGUAAAGUCAAGAUCACCGAACCAGUUGUUGGGAAAAAUAAAGCGGUUUCCACACAAAGCGCCAAGCCUAGCAAAAACAUUCGGUUUGCUCCAUUUAAUGGCGUGACCACUUUUACGGCGGACUACGUUAAAUUCCCCUAUGCACCUCGUCAGCCGUUAUGUAAACCACCCUCUUCAGAAAAACCCUAUGAUCUGGGUCCUUUCGAUGGCAGAACUACUCAGAGCUUAGCUUACAAAUCGUGGCCGGUAUUUCCCUUGGAGACCCCCCCUUGGGCCGUCAAGCCAGUGUACAAGCGACCCCACCAUGGCGGAAUGCCGUACAGCAGCACGUACACGUCUGAUUUUGAAAAUCCCCAAUACAUUGUGGAAAGGGUGAUGUUAAUCAAACCCAGCGCCGGAAAUGACAUCAUUAAACAAAAGGGAGCGAAUGGAGAACAACAGUCCUGCAGCACGUACAAAGGACACUAUCUGGCAUGGGAGGGUGCUCUUCCUUCCAAAUCCUGCCAAAUGAAGCAAAUCUACAUACCAUCAGAAGUUCCAAUGAAUACUCAGUCAACCCAGAAGUCACAUUUUAAAGGUACCCAGGCAGAGCGUCCUAGUCAGUGCCGCAGAACGUCUGAACACCGCAUGAUGGAGGGUAACAAGGAGAUGUAUUUCAACACAGCCUACCAGGAUGACUUCCAAUACCGAGGACGACCGAUGAGCUGCCCUUCAUCAGUUUAGCCGUCAAUGCCGCCACACAUCAGAUUCUCCCCGGUGGCUGAUGUUUUCUAUUGCAUUUUGAGAAUCAUAUACAUGUUGUUUUUAAAACCACGUUUAGAACCUUUAUAGUAUUUUUGAAAUAUUUAGAUUUGAUAUAUACAUAUAGAUUUUAU